CUUGCCUCCGUCCACGUGCGAGCCUCCGAACGAACUGCCAGCUGUUGAGCGCGCCUCGACCCGCCUGCACGUAAAGGGGACAGACUCUGCUCUAUGACUCCCACAUUCUCUUACACUCGUCCACAAAUUGUGCACCCCUCGCCGUGCGACCGCGAAGUGCCAGUCGUCGACGCCGCUUCGGGACACUCAUUGAAUCCCGCGAACCUGACGACUUACCUGCGCUCGAGCUAUGUUCCUUCCGACCUGGACAACACCGCGAUUCAUGGUAUACUACCAGUCAUGGAGAGCGAUGUAGCCUUCUACGAUGACCACAUCCAACGCAUGGAGGAAACAUUGCUCAACUUUCGACGUCGUCGAGAGGAGACGAAGACCGGCAUCGCGCAGUUGCGUGCCCUCGUGGCGCCUGUGCGUCGACUCCCAAACGAGCUCCUGGGCAUGAUCUGCACAUGCUCUCUUCCGGACGACUGGUUUACUGCCGACAGCGGUAGUCGCCGAUUCGGAUUCGCGCAGGUCUGCCAUGCCUGGCGCGAAUUCGCGCUCUCCGAACACUGGAUCUGGGCCCGUAUCAGCGUUGGCUUGCGCGACUCGGAGAAGCCCCCGUAUGUGGACGGCGGAUGGAAGGAAAUUGUGGAUACUUUCUUGCAGCGCUCUGGCACGCAUCUGCUAAAGCUGAAAGUGUGGCCAGCGCGCGACCGUGCGCUACCCCCUGAAAAAGGCUUCGAUGCACAGGCGAUAUGGGAAAUUGCAUCAGAGAACGCCUAUCGACUCCAAGCGCUCCACAUACGCUUUCAGACAAAGCCAGAUGUAUAUCAUCUACCGCCCGCUCUACCUGUGCUCACGACCCUGUAUGUGGGCCGUUCGUACGUCGGACCGAAUACAGCAGACGCGCUGCCUUUUCGGAAGAUUGCGCCGGCUUUGACGACGCUCGGGGUGUAUCGCUUUCCCCUCUGGCUCCUCGACGUCGACUGGAACAAUUUGCGCGCGCUCAUCAUGCCGGUGAGCGUCGCCGACUUCGAGGACACCAUUCCGCUGCUCAGGAAAUGCGGGCGUCUGGAGCACUUGGAAAUUGGCUUAGAUCUCAUCGGUGGGCAGGACCAGAUGUAUAUCUGGAACGACGGCUCCGACGUUGAGCUGCCUUUCUUGCGGAAGCUCGAGACCGUGGGGUCGGGUCUGAGACUCUUACCCUUCUUCAACGCACCCUUGCUAAAUGUUAUCUACGCCGAUCUACUUCUCGACCCUUUCUCGGCUCCUGGUAAUCGCGCCCUCGCAAGGGAAGGUCGUACGCAUCCUGCGGUAGAGUUCCUCACGUUCAAGGACAUCACAGGCAUCGGUUCGGAUCUCUCACCGCUUGUGCGUGGCUUCCCUCUCGUGCGAUCUCUGCGUACGGUGCAGACUAGUUAUGGCUGGCCCAUACGUCCCGAGCUUCUAAAGGCCUUGGAGGUCUCUGAAACCGGGCCCGUCCUCCUCCCAUCUCUCGUCGAACUCGAUAUCGAGGCGAGUAAACCGAAUAGCGAGAGGUGGAACAGGCGAUGGCACGAGGAGGUCAUUGAGCGCGCGGUGGGGUCUCGGGUCCGGAUCCCAGCCGGGGUCAGCGCGCCUAAACUCCAGCGCUUGCGCGUCUGGAUCCCGGACGCGACAUUCACGGACGCAUUCAUCGACUUUCUGCUGGGGCUGCAGGACGACGGGGUGAAGGUUGCAUUCAUGGACAAGCGGCAGAUAUUCAAUACUCCAUGACGGAGAGGACAGGCGUAGAUGGCUAUCGUGUGGGCUUCACUCUCAUAUUACCAGUCGUGGAUGUGGGCAGUCAGUGAUCGGUGAAGGCGAAGAGGCGGGGAUAGAACGGUACGAAGAUUUUGUUGAAUGCUCCUCGUGCACACGAACAAUGCAUGCCAUGCGGACUUGGCUAUGCAGACCUAGGCAUCUUGAGCUUCUGGGUACUCAGGCUCUGCUAGGCGCGGGUAGCAUGAUUUCUCGC